UAUCAUUUUGAAGAAUUUCAUGGAAUCUAUAUACUCAUAAAGUUAGAAGAAAUUGUAAUAGCUGUUGACAUGGAAGUUAUUGAUGCAACGGGUUACGUAUUAAUUCUUGAAACAGAUUGGUUAAGAAAAGCUUAUACUAUAAUAGACUAUCAAGAGUAUAAAUUAAUAUUGAAGGAUGACAAGUGA